AUGGCUGGUUUCUGCGAGCUGGUGCCGGACAUCGUGAGGAGGCGAAUAUCCCAGACGCGUCCCUUGAUCAUCAUCAGCCAUCCCAACCGUGAGCCCAUCCGUGUGACAUACGCCGUCCUAGACAAUGCCGUUAACAGGGCCGCCUGGUUCCUCGAGCAGAACCUCUCCGCCGACGAGGAGACGUUUAUAUGGAUGUCCCAGAGCGACGUGCGGUACCUGAUAUGGGCCCUGGCCGCUAUGAAGACCGGCAAGGCGGUCGUGUUCCCGUCCCUGAGCAACCGCGUGCCCGCCAACCUCAAGCUGUUCGAUACCGUCGGGGCCAAGCACAUGUUCUUCGGCCCCGAGUCCGCCGAAGCGCUCGGCGAGCUGAUCACCCAAGCCAGCCCAGCCGUCAUGGCCAGGCCGGGGCUCUCGCUGCUGGAUAUCGUGUCGAGCGAGCCGGUUGAAGAAUACGCCUUCGUCGAGGAGUACGAGAAGAUCAAGAACAAGAGGUUCAUGGGCUUGCAUACGUCGGGAACAUCAGGGCACCCGAAACCGAUAUGGUGGACGCAUGGGCACUUCGAAUGCCUGUAUUCCAUAAUGCACGACGACGGUCAACCCGGACGGACGAGGGUGGAGGGACACACGUUCAGCACGAUAGACGGGCACGACGUGCUGCUCAUCGGAUCGCAAUCCCACGCCGGCGCCCUGCUGCUCACCUUCGGCUCGCUGCGGUGCGACUCGACGAUCAUCAUGAUGCACCCGGAGCUGCCCGCCGUGCCGGCGCACAUCACCGCCGUGCUGGGCCGCACCGGCGCGGACAGCCUCAUCUGCCCGCCGGCACCGAUCGAGAGCAUGCUCAGCGACGCGGCCGGCGCGGCCGCGCUCGCCCGCCUGCGGCACGUCGGCUACGUCGGCGGGCCGAUGAACCCGGCGCUCGGCGCGCGCCUCGCCCGCCUCACCCCGCACCUGUACAGCUGCAUCGGCACGACCGAGGGCGGCGUCGCGCACCUCGACUACGGCGCGCCGCCGACCAGCGACCGCUGGGACGCGCUGCGCUUCGUCGACGUCGGCCAGCGCAUGGACGAGGUCCUGCCGGGGCUCUUCGAGCUCGUCUUCCCGCGCACGCCGCGCGUCGAGCGCGCCUACGCCUUCUUCCGCUCCUGCCCCGAGCUCGCCGCCGCCGCCGAGUACCGCACCAAGGACCUCUUCGCACCCGUGCCCGGCGCGCCCGGGUGGUGGCGCUUCCGCGGCCGCGCCGACAACUGGGUCGCGCUCGCGAGCGGGCUCAAGCUCGACCCGACCGACUUCGAGGCGGCCGUCGCCGCCGCCCCUGGCGUCCGCGGCGCCCUGGUCGGCGGCGCCGGCCGCGCGCGCCCCUGCCUGCUCGUCGAGAUGCGCGACGACCGCGCGCCGGCGACGGCCGCCGAGCGCCGCGCCGCCCUCGACGCGCUCUGGCCCGCGAUCCGCGCUGCGAACCGCGCCGCCCCGGCCUUCGGCCAGAUCGCCCGCGAGCUCGUCCUGUUCGCGCCGCGCGACAAGCCGUUCCUGCGCGCCGCCAAGGGCACCGUCCAGCGCCAGCUGACGCUGGACGCGUACGCGGCGGAGCUGGACGCGCUGUACGCGGCGGUGGAGCGGGGCGCGCUCGCGGGCGCCGACAGCGACGGCAUCGCCCCCGUAGCCGACCUGUCGGCCGCGGGCCUGGCCCCCCUGCUCACGCAGCUCUACCGCCUCGCGCUCGACGCGCCCGACGUCGACGCCGACACGGAUGUAUUCGCGCGCGGGCUCGACUCCAACGGCGUUACCAUCACCAUCGCGCGCCUAAAGGCAGCGCUGCGGCGGUACAUAGAUGGAGGCAGUAGUGCCGCGGACGCCGGCGCUGAUACGCUUGAGGAUACUUUGCGGCAUAUCAAUAUCGGCUUCAUGUACAGCGCGCCGACCGCGCGGGCGCUCGCUGCUAAGCUAUCGGCCUUACUACUGGGGGACCGUGGGAGCCAGAACGGCCGGACGCAGAACGGAAACGGCGAAGCUAGCAAGGCAGACGAGGAGGAGGACGGUGGCGUCGCCGAGAUGCUCCGGAAGUACCUCCCGCUCGCGACGCGCGACGGCGCGCCGCACUCCAUCGUAUUGACCGGGUCCACCGGCUCGCUGGGCACUUACCUGCUAGCGGCGCUGCAGGCGCAGCCGGCGUCGCGCGUGCGCCGCAUCUUUUGCAUUAACCGGGCGCCGGACGCGCGGGCGAAGCAAGCCGCGGCGCUGAAGGCGAGGGGCCUACCCCCGGCCGAAGACGGCUUCGCCUCGAGCGAGCUUUACAAAAGCAACGGUAACGGCGUAAGCGAGGGAGACGAAGACGAGGACCCGGGCGCGGGCCGGCCGCGCGUCGUGUUCCUGACGGCGCCCGACUUCGGCGCGGCGCGCCUCGGGCUCGCCGCGGCCGAGUACGCGGCGCUGCGGGCGGAGGCGACGGCCGUGAUCCACAACGCGUGGCCGGUGAACUUCCUGCUGCCGCUGGGCGCGUUCGAGGGCAGCGUGCGGGGGGUGACGCGGGUGCUGGAGCUGGCGCGGGGCGGCGCGCGCGCGCCCGCCGUCUUCUUCGUGUCGAGCGUCGCCGCCGCCAUGGCCGCGGCCGGCCCCGUCCCCGAGGCCGUCCUCGCCGACCCCCGCGGGCUGCGCCUGCGCCAGGGCUACGCCCGCUCCAAGCACGUCGGCGAGGCGCUCGUCGACGCGUACGCCCGCGCCACCGGCCGCCCCGCCGCCGUCCUGCGCGUCGGCCAGGUCGCCGGCCCCGCGGCCCCCGGCGCCCCCGGCGUCUGGAACCCGUCCGAGUGGUUCCCGUCGCUCGUGCGCAGCUCCGCGCGCGCGCUCGGCGGCGUCGCGCCGUCGUCCCUCGGCACCUGCAGCCGCGUCGAGUGGAUCCCCGUCGAUGCGUUGAGCCGCAUCGCCGUCGAGAUCGUGCUCGGCGACAGCUACGAGAGCGGGGAACGGGGGGAGGAUGAUGGCCACAACGCCAGGGGGGACGCCGACGGCGACGAAGAGGAGGAAGAGGCCGAAUAUACCGGCCUGGGCGUCAAACGGCCUCGCCACUCCUCCCAGCCGAGCAGCAAGCGCCGCCGACACUGCGAUGGCCUCCGUCACGCCGGGGCGCGCGUGUACAACCUAGUGAACCCGACGCCAGCGCCGUGGUCGGACCUGCUGCCGGCGCUGCUCGAAACGGGCGUGGUGUCGGCAGCGGUGCCUUUCGAAGCGUGGAUCGCGGCUCUCGAGCGUAGCAGCUCCGCCGCCGCCGCCGGCGACGCGUCGCCCGAGGACAACCCGGCCGCCAAGCUGCUCGACUUCUACCGCUCCCUGCUGCCCCGCGCCGGGGCCGGCGAGGACGACUAUGUCUGGCGCGUCGACAACGUGCUCCGCGCGAGCCCGACCGCACGCGCCCUGCCACCCGUCAACCGCGAGUGGAUGAAGCUGUGGUUGGAGCGGUGGGGUCUGUAAGGUCUGUGGCUGGGCACAUACCUACCUACCUAGUACAAAGAGUGGUUUGCGAAUAAAGGUGUUCGGGCCGGGUAGGGAUGGAGGCUAAUUUGUCUAUUUGUCACGUCGAAGAAAGAGGGUGGGCGCUACGAAGCUCACCCGGCUGUCAUAGUGUUGAUGCGAUCACGGAUAAACAAUACGCAAUCGGAACGGAAGUUGGUAUUAUGGCCUCCACAGGUCGAUUUAUUCCCCCUUCUAAUACUUGUUGGUAGGAACACAACAUUCAAAUCUCACAUCCACGCUCAAGCCAUAUGGUCCUACAUGUAGGCCCAUCUUCAUUAGACAAUCUCCCUAAAGGUAAUAAUUUGAAAACUCAUACAUGAAUUCAUUGCGUCCAAGACACACACAAGAAAUAGAAACAGAAAAGUGAUAUCUUUAUCAAGAUCAAGGGAACGCUUCAUCCCUCCAGGGAACGCCUCGAAUCUCCCACGUGAAUAAUUAUUCACUGAACCUCUCCCUAACGCCAUGACAUCCUCAUUAUCUAUCUCCUUUUCCUUGGUUCCGAUGGUUCCCAUGAUAUAAGGUAGACCAAAAUAGAAAAGCGCUGGGUACUGCGGGACGCCCUGAUGGAAGCGGCCGCCAGGAUACUUCUAUACAACGCGUCGAAUAACACCGUCGACGCCCCCCAAAAAGGGUAUCCA